AUGACUUAUAAGACUAUUACGGAUGUUUUGUCAGUGUUGCUAGUAGCGAGCUCCUGGAAUGUCAUCACAGUACAACAGGAGAAAGACUUUUCACCCAACACUUCAGAAACAUUUGUUACUUCGCCGGAAACAGAUGUCUCUCCCCUGUCAGUGUCAACAGGAGAUAAUCUCACAGAGCAACAAGCAACUGAAGCAGUAUCAGUCCAGGACAGAAGCGAAGAAACUUCCAUAUCACCUGUUCCACAUUCACCUGCUCAACUCCUGAACGAAACAGAAUCUCAGAAUCAAACGUCAUUUCCAGGCGAAGUAACGGAGAUCAUGACAACUGCACCAGAAACAAAAUCCGUUGAAGAUAACUCUUUAUUACUUCAUGGAUUCAACGGUCUCAACGCAACACGCGGCCAAAACAAAAGUAACGAAUCAGAGCCCGUUACCACACAAAUUGUACGGCCUGUCAGGAACAGCAAAAGUCAGGAAUUUUCAACGGAUAAUGGCCUUGAAUUUGUUCAACAAGAAUCCGCUACUAGACGAACAGCAGUAGUGGCAGGCACUCAAGCAACGGCUGCCUCAACAUUCACUCGACAGGGAUUAGCAAACAACUCAUCACAACCUGACUACGUCACAAGAGAAAUUACAAGUGCUGAAACAUCCAGUGUACUGGGCUUAACAGCCACAACACUACAAUCAGAACCAGUUACCAUAGCAGCCAUAAAUGAGACUACAGCUGACGAAAUGUCCUGUGGAAUCGGCUUAAAUACUUGGCCACAACAUGAACUGGUUCCCUCAAGAGCCAUCAGCAAAGACACAAGUGAAGGACAUAGCGUGUUAACAGCGAAAACACCACAACCACAAGACGUUCCGGCAGACAAAGGUGAAGCAACCUUCGCUGAAACAUCCACUGUAACGGAAAUGCUAAAUAAGAGACAACAAUCUGAGUCAGAUUCAACAGCGGUCAAAAGUGAGAUCAAAACUGAUGGAAAAUCAAGUGCACAGUGUGAACCGAUUCAGACAUCAUUCACAGGAGAAGCCAAGAAGAAUAAAGUAUACAUUUUGCCGGAAGUAAAUGGACCGAGUUCAGUAACAGUUAUAACUGAGGUCAGAACUGCUGAAACUUCCAGUAAACCCGAAUUAACAAACGAUGCUCAGCAUUCCGAAAUACUUUCUGAAACAACAGCAGUAAGUGAAACCAUAAUUUCUGAAAUAACCAGACCACCGGAAGUGAGUAGCAAUACACCACAACUAGAACCGGUUCAGAACAAAAUAACAAGUGAAAACAUAAAUCAUGAAAUAUCCAAUGGACCGGAAGUAAGAAAUACGACACAAGAAUUUGAAGCGGCGACAAGUAAAGCAACCAUUGCCAAAAUUUCAAGUCCAUCAGAAGCAUCUACCACGACAACACAACCUGAAAGUAUUCUAACAAAACGAAACUCUCAAGUUGCUAUUGAUGUUGCGUCCAGUAAAUGGGAAUUAACAAACAGCACAGCAUUAAACACAAGCGGGCCCACAUACAUUGAUACAGUCAUUAUACCGGAAUUAACAAACGUCUCACUAAAACUUGAAAGAGCUUCGACGUCUUACUUAAACUUAACAAAAAAUGUUGAAAAUAAGAGAGCAUCGAGAGCUACAAUCUCCACAACAGAACUUGAAAAAGCUACCAUAAAAAGCACAAGAGAGAUCACGGAUUCUAACAUACUCAUUUCACCAAAUCAAACAAAGAUCAUACAAAAGCAAUUAAGGGUUCAAGCAAGACCCAUACGUGAUACAACAAACGAAGCAAUAUCCAGUAUAAGAGGGAAAAGAAACGGUAUAAAAAAUAAUAAUUUCCUAGCAACAACAGAUAUAAGGGAAAUCAUAGCACCUGCAAUAUUCACUACACAAGAAUUAAUAAAUGCAACGGCACAAGAGGUCACUGCUCCAAAACAACUCGAAGUAAAAAACGCGAAAGCAGAUGUAUUCGGUUUCCCAAAAAUUACAAGUCAGUCAUUCAAAUCUGGACUGGAUAAAAGUGGCGUGCAGAUUGAGGUCACAAUUUCAGAAAAAUCCGGAGAACAGGAUUUAAAAAACGCAACACCAAAAUCUCUAUCAGCUCAGGCUGCACUCAAAAGAGAAAAUGAACACAAAGAAAAAUCCGGCAUACUACACAUACAAAAUACAUCUCAUCCAGGAACAUACACUAAAAUAAUUCUAAAUGAGAAUGCAACUGGAGAGGGGAUGAAUCUGCAACAACAAACAUCAACAACACAGCAUUAUGAACGACUACACAAAACGAAUAAAAAAACGAACAGAACUGAUGAGUUACACACCUUAUUAGAAACAACCCCCAAAAAAACACAAUCAGGAAAAAAACUUAUUGUUGAGACCACGACUGCUGAAGUACCCAGUCUACUGAAAAUAAAAUCUACAACACCACCAACUGAAGCAUUCAUUAUAAACCUACUAAAUGAGACCAAGAAUAUUGAGGGACUACAAUCACUGGAAUUAACAACUACCACACAACAACCUGAAUCAUUAACUACUACAUUAAUAAAUGAGACCACAAUUGCUGAGGUAUCCAGUCCACUGGAACUAACAACUACCAAACCACAAUCUGAAACAAUCAUUAUAAACUCAAUAAAUGAGACCACGAUUUCUGAGGUACCCAGUCUACUGGAAUUAACAACAACCACACCACAACCUGAAGCAUUCUCUAAAAACCUACUAACUGAGACCAAGAACAUUGAGGGAUUACAAUCAGCGGAAUUAGCAACAACCACACCACAACCUGAAUCAUUAACUACAAACUUAAUAAAUGAGACCACGAUUGCUGAGGUACCCAGUCUACAGGAAUUAACAACUACAACACCACAAUCUGAAGCAUUAACUACAAACUUAAUAAACGAGACCACAGUUACUGAGGUACUCAGUCAACUGGAAUUAACAACUAUCACACCACAACCUGAAGAACUAACUACAAACUCGAUAAAUGAGACCACAGUUACUGAGGUACUCAGUCAACUGGAAUUAACAACAAUCACACCACAACCUGAAGAACUAACUACAAACUCGAUAAAUGAGACCACAGUUACUGAGGUACUCAGUCAACUGGAAUUAACAACAAUCACACCACAACCUGAAGAACUAACUACAAACUCGAUAAAUGAGACCACGAUUGCUGAGGUACCCAGUCUACUGGAAUUAACAACUACAACACCACAACCUGAAGUAUUCACUACAAACCUAAUAACGGAGACCAAAACUACUGAGGUACUACAACCACUGAAAUUAACAUCAACCACACCACAAACUGAACAAUAUACUACACACUUAAAAACUGAGACCAUGACUGCUGAGGUACCCAGUAUACUGGAAUUAACAACUACAACACCACUACCUGAAGUAUUCACUAAACACUUCAUAAAUGAGACAAAAACUACUCAGGUACUAGAACCACUGGAAUUAACAACUACUAUAUCACAAACAGAAGCAUCCAGUACAAGAUUAAUAAAUGAGAACAAAACAACUGAUGUUCCAAGUCUCCUGGAAAUAACAACAACCACACCACAACCUGAAGCAUUCACUACAAACUUAAUAUAUGAGACCAUGACUGCUGAUGUACAAAGUCUAUUGGAAUCAACAAAUACCAGGCAACAACCUGAAGAAUUCACUACAAAAUUAAUAACUGAGACCAUUACUGCUGAGGUACCCAGUAUAAGGGAAUUAACAACUACCACACCACAAAGAGAAGCAUUCUCUAAAAACCUAAUAACUGAGACCAAAACUACUGAGGUAUUAGAACCACUCGACUUAACAAAAACCACUCCACAACCUGAAGUAUUCACUACAGACUUAAAAAAAGAGGUGACGACUGCUGAGGUACCAAGUCUACUGGAAUUAAGAACUAACACAGCAGAACCUGAAGCAUUCAGUAAAAACAUAACAACAGACAAAAAAAUUACUAAUGUAACACAACCACUGGAAAUAAUAUCUACGACACAACAACCUGAAGCAUUCAGUAAAAACUUAAAAUAUGACAACAAAACUACUGAGGUAACAGAAACACUGGAAUUAACAACUACCACACCACAACCUGAAGCAUUCAGUACAUCCAUAAUAACUGACAAGAAAACUACUGAGGUAACAGAACCACUGGAAUUAAGAACGACCACACCACAGCCUGAGGCAUUAACUACAAACCUAACAACUCAGACCGUCAUUUUUGAAGUUCACAAUCUACUGGAAUUAACAGCCACUAAACCACAACUUGAAUCAUUCUCUACAAACCUAAUAUCUGAGACCAAACCUACUGAAGUACUACAACCACUGGAAUUCACAACUACCACACUACAAUCUGAAGCACUCUCUAAAAACUUAAUAAAUGAGACCACGACUGGUGAGGUAAUCAGUCUACUGAAAUUAACAACUACAACACCACAACCUGAAGUAUUCACUAAAAACAUAAUAACUGAGACCAAAAUUACUGAGGUACUAGAAACAUUGGAAUUAACAUCAACCACACCACAACCUGAAGUAUUCAAUAUAAACUUAAUAACUGAGACAACUACUGCUGAUGUACCCAGUAUACUGGAAUUAACAAACACCAGGCAACGACCUGAAGAAUUCACUACAAACUUAAUAACCAAAACCACAACUGCUGAGGUACCCAGUCUACUGGAAUUAACAACUACAACUCCACUAACUGAAGUAUUCAAUAUAAACUUAACAAAAGAGACAAACACUACUGAGGUACUAGAACAACGGGAAUUAACAACUACCAUACCACAAACAGAAGUAUUCAGUACAAGACUAAUAAAUGAGAACAAAACGACUGAUAUUCCAAGUCUCCUGGAAUUAACAACUACCACACCAAAAUAUGAAGCAUUCACUACAAACUUAAUAUAUGAGACCACGACUGCUGAUGUACCCAUACUACUGGAAUUUACAACUACCAGGCAACAACCGGAAGCACUAACUACAAACCUAAUAACUGAGGUACCCAGUCUACUGAAAUUAACAACUACCACACCACAACCUGAAUCAUUCAGAACAUUCAUAAUAACUGACAAGAAAACUACUGAGGUAACAGAACAACUGGAAUUAUCAACUGCCACAUCACAACCUGAAGCAUUAACUACAAACCAAACAACUGAGACUGUCAUUUCUGCGGUUCCCAGUCUACAGGAAUUAACAACAACCACAGCACAUUUUGAAGAAUUCACUAAAAACCAAAUAACUCAGACCAAAAUUACUGGGAUACCAGAACCAAUGGUAUUGACAAAUAAUAGACCACAACCUGAUGCAUUCAGUACAAUCCUAAAAAUUGAGAACAAAACUACUGAGGUACCCAGUCUAUUGGAAUUAACAACUAUCACACCACAACCUGAACCAUUCAAUAUAAACUUAAUAAACGAGACCACAACUACUGAGGUACCCAGUCUACUGGAAUUAACAGCCACUAAACCACAACUUGAAUCAUUCUCUACAAACCUAAUAUCUGAGACCAAAACUACUGAAGUACUACAACCACUGGAAUUCACAACUACCACACUACACUCUGAAGCACUCUCUAAAAACUUAAUAAAUAAGACCACGACUGGUGAGGUAAUCAGUCUACUGAAAUUAACAACUACAACACCACAACCUGAAGUAUUCACUAAAAACAUAAUAACUGAGACCAAAAUUACUGAGGUACUAGAAACAUUGGAAUUAACAUCAACCACACCACAACCUGAAGUAUUCAAUAUAAACUUAAUAACUGAGACAACUACUGCUGAUGUACCCAGUCUACAGGAAUUAACAAAUACCAGGCAACAACCUGAAGAAUUCACUACAAACAUAAUAACGGAGACCACGACUGCUGAGGUACCCGGUCUACUGGAAUUAACAACUACAACACCACUAACCGAAGUAUUCAAUAUAAACUUAAUAAAUAAGACAAAAAAUACUGAGCUACUAGAACCACGGGAAUUAACAACUACCAUACCACAAACGGAAGGAUUUAGUACAACACUAAUAAAUGAGAACAAAACAACUGAUUUUCCAAGUCUCCCGGAAUUAACAACUACCACACCAAAAUAUGAAGCAUUCACUACAAACUUAAUAUAUGAGACCACGAGUGCUGAUGUACCCAGUCUACUGGAAUUUACAAAUACCAGGCAACAACCUGAAGCACUAACUACAAACCUAAUAGCUGAGACUGUCAUUGCUGAGGUACCCAGUCUACUGAAAAUAACAACUACCACGCAACAACCUGAAGAAUCAACAACGAACUUAAUAACUGAGAGCAUGACUGCUGAGGUACCCAGUCUACGGGAAUUAACAACUACCACACCACAAAAAGAAGCAUUCUCUAAGAACAUAGUAACUCAGACCAGAACUACUGAAGUGUUAGAACCACUGGACUUAACAACAACCACUCCACAAGCUGAAGUAAUCACUAUAGACUUAAUAAAGGAGACCAGGACUGCUGAGGUACCCAGUCUACUGGAAUUAAGAACUACCACAGCAGAACCUGUAGCAUUCACUACAAAUUUAAUAAACGAGACCACGACUGCUAAAGUACACAGUCAACUGGAAUUAACAACUACCACACCACAAACUGAACAAUACACUACACACUUAAAAACUGAGACCACGACUGAUGAGGUACCCAGUCUACUGGGAUUAACAACUACAACACCACUACCUGUAUUCAAUGUAAACUUAAUGAAUGGGACAAAAACUACUAAGGUACUAGAAACGCUGGAAUUAACAACUACCACACCACAACCUGAAGUAUUCAGUACAUUCAUAAUAACUGACAAGAAAACUACUGAGGUAACAGAACCACUGGAAUUAACAACUACCACACCACAACCUGAUGCAUUCACUACAAACUUAAUAUAUGAGACCACGACUACUGAUGUACACAGUAUACUGGAAUUAACAAAUACCAGGCAACAACCUGAAGAAUUUACUACAAAAUUAAUAACGGAGACCACGACUGCUCAGGUACACAGUCUACUGGAAUUAACAACUACCACACCACAACCUGAAGCAUUCACUACAAACUUAAUAUAUGAGACCACGACUACUGAUGUACACAGUAUACUGGAAUUAACAAAUACCAGGCAACAACCUGAAGAAUUUACUACAAAAUUAAUAACGGAGACCACGACUGCUCAGGUACACAGUCUACUGGAAUUAACAACCACAGCACAUUUUGAAGAAUUCACUAAAAACCAAAUAACUCAGACCAAAAUUACUGAGGUACCAGAACCAAUGGUAUUGACAACUAAUAUACCACAACCUGAAGCAUUCAGUACAAUACUAAAAAUUGAGAACAAAAGUACUGAGGUACCCAGUCUACUGGAAUUAAGAACUAUCACACCACAACCUGAACCAUUCAAUAUAAACUUAAUAAACGAAACCACAACUACUGAGGUACCCAGUCUACUGGAAUUAACAACCACUAAACCACAACUUGAAUCAUUCUCUACAAACCUAAUAUCGGAGACCAAAACUACCGAAGUACUACAGCCACUGGAAUUCACAACUAUCACACUACAAUCUCAAGCACUCUCUAAAAAUUUAAUAAAUGAGACCACGACUGGUGAGGUAAUCAGUCUACUGGAAUUAACACCUACAACACCACAACCUGAAGUAUUCAGUACAUUCAUAAUAACUGACAAGAAAACUACUGAGGUACUAAAACAACGGGAAUUAACAACUACCACACCACAACCUGAAGUAUUCAGUACAUUCAUAAUAACUGACAAGAAAACUACUGAGGUACUAAAACAACGGGAAUUAACAACUACCACACCACAACCUGAAGUAUUCAGUACAUUCAUAAUAACUGACAAGAAAACUACUGAGGUACUAAAACAACGGGAAUUAACAACUACCACACCACAACCUGAAGUAUUCAGUACAUUCAUAAUAACUGACAAGAAAACUACUGAGGUACUAAAACAACGGGAAUUAACAACUACCACACCACAACCUGAAGUAUUCAGUACAUUCAUAAUAACUGACAAGAAAACUACUGAGGUACUAAAACAACGGGAAUUAACAACUACCACACCACAACCUGAAGUAUUCAGUACAUUCAUAAUAACUGACAAGAAAACUACUGAGGUACUAAAACAACGGGAAUUAACAACUACCACACCACAACCUGAAGUAUUCAGUACAUUCAUAAUAACUGACAAGAAAACUACUGAGGUACUAAAACAACGGGAAUUAACAACUACCACACCACAACCUGAAGUAUUCAGUACAUUCAUAAUAACUGACAAGAAAACUACUGAGGUACUAAAACAACGGGAAUUAACAACUACCACACCACAACCUGAAGUAUUCAGUACAUUCAUAAUAACUGACAAGAAAACUACUGAGGUACUAAAACAACGGGAAUUAACAACUACCACACCACAACCUGAAGUAUUCAGUACAUUCAUAAUAACUGACAAGAAAACUACUGAGGUACUAAAACAACGGGAAUUAACAACUACCACACCACAACCUGAAGUAUUCAGUACAUUCAUAAUAACUGACAAGAAAACUACUGAGGUACUAAAACAACGGGAAUUAACAACUACCACACCACAACCUGAAGUAUUCAGUACAUUCAUAAUAACUGACAAGAAAACUACUGAGGUACUAAAACAACGGGAAUUAACAACUACCACACCACAACCUGAAGUAUUCAGUACAUUCAUAAUAACUGACAAGAAAACUACUGAGGUACUAAAACAACGGGAAUUAACAACUACCACACCACAACCUGAAGUAUUCAGUACAUUCAUAAUAACUGACAAGAAAACUACUGAGGUACUAAAACAACGGGAAUUAACAACUACCACACCACAACCUGAAGAAUUCACUAAAAACCAAAUAACUCAGACCAAAACUACUGGGGCACCAGAACCAAUGGUAUUGACUACUAAUAGAAGACAACCUGAUGCAUUCAGUACAAUCCUAAAAAUUGAGAACAAAACUACUGAGGUACCCAGUCUACUGGAAUUAACAACUACAACACCACAACCUGAAGUAUUCACUAAAAACCUAAUAACUGAGACCAAAACUACUGAGGUACCCAGUCUACUGGAAUUAACAACUACAACACCACAACCUGAAGUAUUCACUAAAAACCUAAUAACUGAGACCAAAACUACUGAGGUACCCAGUCUACUGGAAUUAACAACUACAACACCACAACCUGAAGUAUUCACUAAAAACCUAAUAACUGAGACCAAAACUACUGAGGUACCCAGUCUACUGGAAUUAACAACUACAACACCACAACCUGAAGUAUUCACUAAAAACCUAAUAACUGAGACCAAAACUACUGAGGUACCCAGUCUACUGGAAUUAACAACUACAACACCACAACCUGAAGUAUUCACUAAAAACCUAAUAACUGAGACCAAAACUACUGAGGUACCCAGUCUACUGGAAUUAACAACUACAACACCACAACCUGAAGUAUUCACUAAAAACCUAAUAACUGAGACCAAAACUACUGAGUCUCCCGGAAUUAACAACUACCACACCAAAAUAUAA